UUUGUCAACACAUUCGAAAGAGGCGCGCAAUUCUCCCUUUGCCCCGUCUCUCUUCAAUCCAUCCUCCGUCCAUCUUUCCUUUUCAUCCAUCCUCCCCAUCCUCCACCCGGACAAUCCCGACUGUCCCGUCCACCCCGCCGACAAAGGAGCCUUUGCGAUCCCUGUCCCUCUGCCGGUCUGUGCGUCGCAUACUUGGCCCUGAUCUCAAGCUGAUUUACACUCUUUCCCUCCACGCUCUUUCAUUACUCCUCUGCGAUCCACCUCGACUUCCUUCCAAGCCCAUCCACAGCCAUGCUUGCCACCAAUCUCAUCUCUCUCGUCCUUGUUCUCCCCACUCUUGCUCUUGCUGGACACAACUCUCCCUUCAACGGCCACUCGCCCUCUCGUAGACAUCACCACGCUCGCGCCGCAUCUUUUGCACUCACGCAUGCCUCUCCCACGUCCAACGAGCUUCUCAAGCGUACUUACCACGAUGCCAUCGAGCACAAGAUGGCGAGGAAGCGGGCCGGCAAAAAGUUCGCUAAGCGAGGUGCGGACGGGUCCCAAUGUCGAGUAAAGGGGCAGAGCUAUGUCCCCACUGGUGUGAGCAGCACUUCUGCCAUCUCGAGUACUGCUGCAUCUUCCAUCGCUAGUUCCCCCUCGCCAGCCAGCACGGAUGCUAUCGCCAGUACUUCCGCCUCGGCUGUGGCCCCUGAUUCCAGCGCUAGCGCUAGCACCAGCACAAGUGAUGAAAGCGCUCCUACCUCCAGUGCAUGGAUUGACAACCAACAAAACUGGGUUGACGCCACGUCCUCGUCUGAACAAGCGGCUGCAACUUCGGCAUCUUCGUCCUCCCCUUCUUCUAGCUCAGGAACGAGCGUCGUCAGUUAUGCCGGCUUGACUCCCAACGGUAACAAGGCAGGUGUAAGUGCUGGUGAUUCCCUGCCCUGGGUUGCGUCAAAGUUGGGUUGGUGGUAUGACUGGUCUGCCACUCCUUCUGGUGACUGCGGCAGUGCUGUGACGGUACCAAUGCUCUGGGGUGGUGGUAUCGCUGAUGCCACCGACGCCUCUCGUCUUGUCGCAUUCGAGGCCCUCAGCCAGAGUCCUUCGUAUAUCAUUGGAUUUGAGGAGCCCGAUUGUGCUGCCGGGUCAGGCAGUUCUGGUCUCGACGUUGCCACUGGUAUUGCGCUUUGGGACUCAUUGAUUGCGCCCAAGGGCGAGGCCGGCACUAUUCUUGUCGGUCCCUCCAUGUGCAAGCAAGCUGCCGAAUCCGGCUGGCUUGGACCUUUCAUGGAAGGCGUAUCUAGGAAGCCGGAUAUCAUGAACAUCCAUGUGAAUAAGAACAGCGCCGCUGGGAUCCAGCUUGACAUUGAUCAUUACUGGAACACUUACGGUCUCCCUAUCUGGGUGACAGAGUUUGCGUGUGUAGACGAUUCCACCGACUUUGUCCCUUGUACCGAUCAGGAUGAGAUCAACUCAUUCAUCAAUACUGCCGUCGACAUUUUUGAGACCGAUUCCCGUAUUGCCGGUUACGCUUACUCAAAUGGGUAUGGCCUCUCUGAGAAUUGGAUGAUGGUCAAGGAUGGCCAGUUAUCCGAGUCCGGCCAGACUUACCUUGCCGCUAUUUCCAAAUACCACUGAUCUGGCACUUAUCUAUAGUUGUUCGUUCUUCCAAUAUGCUCGGACGUAUUUAUAAAUUUAUGAUUGAAAUUGAAGAAGCCCUCUGGAUACCCAAAAACUUGAUACCUUUUAUAUACCCUGCCAUCUUUCCGUGUGUCACUUUUCCCUUGCUUGCUAGGUGUACACGGACUAUCUCGUCGAUAUCUGGAAAUAUAUUCUGUUACGGAUGCUGUAUGCAGCGCUAAUGUUUGG